AUGUUCCGCGUGCUGGCCACGGGACUCGCAUUGCUCUCCCUGGUGGAGGGGCGGGUGAUCACACGCGCAGUGCGCGACCGUGACACCCAAAUCAUCCAGGCCACGAACGGCAGUCGCGCUGAGCGCGACUCCAUCACGGUCCAGGCGCCCGGGUUCAGCUGGGGUGUCGCACCGGUCCGCGGCGUCAACAUUGGCGGCUGGCUCGUGCUCGAACCGUGGAUCACGCCGAGUCUGUUCGAGGACAAGCCCGACUGGGUCGUCGACGAGUGGUCGUAUGGCGAGUAUGUGGCCAAUUCCAGCAACCCGAGCGAAAUUAUCAACCACUGGGCGACGUGGUACGACUACUCGCAGUUUGAGGCUAUUGCGGGUGCGGGGCUGAACACUGUCCGCAUCCCUAUCGGCUUCUGGUCCAUUAUCCCGCUUGAAAACGGCGAACCGUAUCUUGUCGGCGCCUACGAGUAUCUCAAAAAGGCCGUCCUGUGGUGUGCCCAGCUCAACCUCAAUGUCAUGCUCGACCUGCACGGCGCACCCGGCAGCCAAAACGGGUACGACAAUUCCGGGCUCCGCGGCACGCGCCAGUGGUUUUCCAACAGCACAAACUACGCUCGCGCGAUCAACGCCAUCGAAGUGCUCGUGACCGAGUUCACCAACGCAAGCUACAGCGGCGCAGUCACGUCCAUCGAGCUCAUGAACGAGCCGCUCCCCCAGUCCAGCAGCGACAUUGGCGACCUCCGGAGCUACUAUCAGGACGGAUACGCGCUCAUCCGCAACAUCUCGGCCGUCGCCGCCAGUAACGGGAUCACGGUCAUCAUCCAGGAAGCGUACCAGGGUCUGGCGGCGUGGGAAGGGUUUAUGCCUGCGCCGACGUACCAGCGUGUGGCACUCGACACUCACAUCUACCCAAUGUUCGACCACACGUACAUCCAGCUGAGCCUGUACGACAACCUCCGCUGGUACUGCGGCUGGGAGACGGACCUGGCCACUGCGAACAACUAUCUGUGGACGUUUGUCGGGGAGUUUACCGUGGCCAACACGGACUGCGCCAAGUGGCUCAAUGGCCGCGGCACCGGUUCGCGCUACGACAACACGCUGAACGGCACCGCGGCGAUUGAUUUCCCCGGCGACUGCUCCCAGCGCACGGGCGACCCCUCGGCGUGGACACAGGGAUACAUUGAUCACCUCGCACAGGCGUUUGAGACCCAGACAUGGGUGUAUGAAAAGGCAUCUGGAUGGGUGUUCUGGUGCUGGCGUACCGAGGACGCGCUGGACUGGAGCUUCCAGGCCGGCCUGACAUAUGGCUGGAUCCCGACGCCGAUCACGUCCAAGCCACACGGCACCCCAUGCAACUACUCGUCGUUUAUCACCGAGCACACGGCUAGCGCCGCCAACACGGCUACCCGCGUUACCGAGCGCGCCAACGUCUGGGUCUACGUGAGCGGCGUUGUGGUGGCUCUGUCGGCUGUUCUGGGCGCCGCGCUGGUCUAG